CGGAAGGACCACACCAAAUACAUCCUAUCUGUGUUUGUUACGAUGGUGUCGUGGCAGCUCCUAACAUAUCUUCUGCUUGCAUACAGUACAGGGUCCAGAGCUGAAGACACUGUGUUUGUGGAGACAGGAGAUUUUGUUCAACUGAAUAUACAGAGAGAUAAACUACCUGACAAGUUUGAUGAGAUAUUCUGGCAGAAUGAAAAAUCAGACACUAUAGUGAAAUAUUCUAAUGAAUUUAAAAAAGUAAAAGAUUAUGAUGCCUACAAGCACAGAGUGGAUUUUAAUAACAAAACCUUCUCACUAACACUGAAGAACAUGAAGAAGACAGACAGUGGAGUUUAUACAGCUAAAAUAACUGGAAAAUUAAAUAGAGAUGUUGCUGAACACAGAGUAUCUGUUAUAGAUGCAGUUGAAGCUCCUGUCCUGACAGUAAACUCAAACUCCAGUACAGGACUCUGUAACUUCACAUGUAAAACAGAUAGCAUUACCAUUAACUCUGUAAUCAAUAACAGUAUCAGCUGUUCAGAAGAAGUGACAUCAUCUGGAGUCUAUCAUCUAAGCCUGAGAUGCAUUGAUGACUUCAUCAUUUGUAACCAUAGCAACCCUGUCAGCUGGAAGAAUGACACAAAGACCAUUGAACAAACCUGCAAUAUUAGUCAAGGCUCUCUGUGCUCUAGAAGAUUGGAGACAGAUCAGGGCUGGGCUUCCCGAUAA